UGAGUGUAUUAUAAUUUUGUGAUAAAAAUUUCAAGGAAAAAACACACAGCCUCCUUCCGCUCUUCCGUCAGGGAGGGAAGAGAACUUGAGCGGGGAGGAAAAUGUAGCCGAGGCAGCGCAGGCAGGGACAGUGAGGAAAAUACAUGAGUAGGAGAGGGAGAAGAAGGAGGAGGAGGUGGAGAAGGAGGGGGCGAGCAAAUUAAAAGUUGCCAAAUGGAGAUAUUGGGUUUCAAGUGGAGUGAGAAGGGAGUAAAAGGGUUCGCCUCUUCGACUUUGUGUUAUGCUAAUCGGGAGAAAUAUUUAUAGAUCGGCGCCAGUUUUUUGCCGAAAUGCAAGCAGCACUUCCAAAAGGGAGGCGCCGGCGGCUUGCUCGCAGAAGAACAGGCCGUCGAUGCCGUCAAAAUGUCGAGUGGGAGCGAGUUAAACCCAUCGCAACUCAGACCGGGAUCUACUGAGCCCCCCUGGUCCCUUUCGUCUCGACCGUUCAUGGGGAAGAACUCUUAACGUUUUACGCCGCGAAUGGAAGCCUUCCCCUCAGAGGAGCCGAACAUGUCAGCUUCGACUGGCGUGUUUUUUUGCGAUUAAUGGCGGUUUGUUGGCACAUAAAGCUCACCUUAGCCGAGUUUCAAUCAAUUAGGCGGCCAUACAUGCUAUGCGGACCAGCGAGACUAACAUGGCGAACACGGAGGCACUCAGCGGAACUGGGGACAAUUGGAGCUUUGUACUGUCCUAAUUUACCGAUCCUUGUGACGCGGAAGAUGCUUUUUUGUCGACGUUUGCCCCAAAUGGCGACAUACGCACUUUUGAAGUCUGACUGUCGAUCACUUAAAAUCUCAUUUUUCGCCCUCGACCAUCGGUCUUUUAGCUACACUGUAACACCAACGUAUUGUCUUUUGCUAAUCCAGAAUUCCAGUGUGCGUGUUUAUUUUUGUACUUACGUUUAGCCAAUGUAAUGAUUAGUUUUCGGUACGUGUGUGACUGUUAAUGGGACGAUGCAUUGAAAAUACAACCCUGUUUUAAAUGAGAUGUUAGCAUCUUAAAGGCGCGUUUAGGUCCUAAAGUCAUCAUUAAUAAUAUGAUGUUCUUCUGGCCGAGUCAUUCGAAAAUGGAGGCUGCAAAUAGCCGCUCUUAAAACGACAGCCGGCUACACGUCCGCCAUUUUGUAGCUUUGCUGUUUGUACAGUGAAUAUGUGGCCCAAACGCCGUUUGCCAUAAAUGUUGUCAGUGCAAAAAUAAAUAUCACAUACCACUACUGAAGAUGUGUUUUGUGACCAUAUUGCUUUACAUACACAAGAUGCCCACUAAAGCUGCACAUUUGCUGGCUGACAUAAUAAAGCCAACCCUCCAUUAUGGCUGUCCUUGGUGCAUUAUACAAAUGCACAUGUCUACCCAGGGAGAGGACUAAUGUACAGCAGAAGGGCUACUCUCCUAGGGUUAUGCAGUUUUGUUUCACUAUCACUUUCCAACACUCCCACACACACUGUCUGCAUUGAACUUUUGUCAUCUCGCCACUGCAUUUUGUCGCCCCUCAGCACACCCCAUCACUGGAAACGCAGAGUGCUUACAUGACUGGAUCCAUGCAACCUGACACAAAACUGUGUCAUGGAUGACGAGGAUGACCGUCAUCUUCUGGAUAUUUUAGGAGAUGUGGAUGCAUUGAAUGACUAUCUCCAUGGCAGCAACAGCAAGUCUAUUGAAGAGGAGGAUGCAGUGAAUCCAACUUACAGCUCAGAUGCAUCUUUCUUCACCGGUGACACUGUGAGUGCCAACGCUGGACUCAAAGAUGGCUCCUCAACAAUGGCAGACUUUGGCACCGAUUUGUCUGGGGAUGGCCUCCAGCUUUCUAGCAGCCUUUCAUUCAUUGAGGACCAACUGGGACCCGGGAGCUCCCCAGGGGGCGGGGUGGAACUUGGCGGAGAAGACCAACCGUUCGACAUCCUGCAGAAAUCCCUCCUGGAGGCCAACAUCACGGAGCAGACGCUGGUGCAGGAGGCCCUGCUUGACUCCCAACCGGCCCCCACCCUUGUGCAGGCCCCUGUGUCCUUCCCAUCCCAGCAGGUCUCUGGAGGUUGUGGAGGAGAUGUGGUCACUACAGCGACUGCAACGCAGCCGACUGGGCAGCUCCCGCAAGGUGUGUCCCAGCUGUCUAACGGCUCCACCCAGCACAUCCAAGUGUUGGGCUCCUUCACGGCCGGAGGCGGACUCAUGACUUUGAGUGGUAUGGAAAGAACUCCACAGAUUGUGCUGAGGCCGACGGGGGCUGUAGCUCCGGCAGUGGCGGCUCCAAGAGGACAGGUGUUUGCCCCCGCCCAAGGGCACUUAGGCCAACUGGGCUUGCCUUUUAAGAAUAUCCCCCUCCAAAACGUUAUCAUCCAGAGGGGUCCAGAAGGGACCCAGACUCUCGUGAGAACAAUCCAGCCUAAACCCCAUCAAGCUGGAGCUCAGACAGUCUACAGCCUCCAACCCCCAGCCUCCAGCUUGGCGAAUGUUGCUCACACUGUUAGUGCAGGAGCACAGCACACCGCCAAUGGCUCCAUCGUGGUGCAGCCAUCAUUGGACCUGCAGCAUGCACAUUUACAACCGGGACCGUUCUUGUUGCCCACCACUUUGGCAAUCACUCAGCCCGGCACCGUCCACAACGGCCCCACGGACCCCAGCUCUAGCACAUUGAUUACCACACAGAACACUGUGCAGAUCGUUGCUGCACAAGCGGGCGGGCCACUCAUUUUGAAUCAGGGCGGUCAGGUCGGAGCAGGUGUAACACAAACAUGGACCAGCACCACGCCUCCGGCGAUGGCGUGCACCCCCGGGCGGCUAGCGCUGAUCAGCCCCACAAGUCAAGGGCAGGUUUCGGCCAGUCCGGUACAGCGCCUUCUAGUGACACAAAGUCAGAACUGCACAUCAUUGUCCCCUUUACCCAACACAUUGGCACAGGAACAGAAUUUUUCAUCGCCUGCCCUCAAACAUGUGCAGCUUAGCAGCAUUCAUGCACUGCAACCACCUGAUUUAUGCAUCAAUACUCAGGUCGGUGCGCAGAAGAGGCCUGCUCCAGCGCCGCUUACAAAGGGAGCAAUGAUUUUACAGCAGCUCAGAGAAGAUCACAACAGAGUCUACACCCCCGACCGACAACACUUUACGUCAUUUAGCGAUGCGCUGCAAAGGCUCCUACCCUACCACGUAUUCCAGGGAGCUCUGCCCACACAGGAGGAAUUCUUACAUGUGGAUGAUGAAUUUGAGUCGGUUGCAACACAGGUGCUCAUGAGGACGCAGGCCAUGAUCAAUAAAUACAGACGGCUACUCUUCGCAGAGUCGGAGCAACACUGCAGUCCUUCGUCAGAGAUGGUAAUGAUUGACAGGACCUUCAAUCAAGAGGAGCGUGGCAACCUGACGCAAGACAAGCGAAUGGUCAUGGUGGAUCCAGACACUUUUUUGGAGGACUUUUGCUGUGCACUGAAAUCCAAACAUUUCCAAGAUCCCGAACCCUCGCCACCAUCCAUCUGCAGCAGGAAUCGUCCCCACGGGGGCUGCAUGGAGAUUCCAUUCAGGACAGACUCUCAGCCUGGGUUUGGGGACCCUGGAGGUGGUGUCCAGCAAACAGCUGAUAGACUCCAACAUCUCCCUUUAGAGAAUAAGAGCGUUUUGGAACUGAAGAAAUCCCAGCAGGGCUUUGAGCCCGCCUGCCACUCGCAAGGUAACCAGUCAACUUUUACAGGAGCAUCAGGGGGGCAGACACACGACCAGGCAGCCCGGCUGCUCACCUCACCCCCACACCUGGACACAGACUCUGCUCUGGAAGCGGCGGUUAAUAGCAUCUUGGAAUGUUAACAUCAUCAUGUCAACCAUGUCAUGUUGUCAUGCGUAUGAGUGUGUGAAGUCUGCUUGAUGGACACUCCCAAGUUGCAGGUGAGCGACACACCGUGGGAAUGUGUGCAAUUUUUCAUGGCUGUGAGCUCUGUGUUCCUGUUGAUGCGCCAACACAGCCACUGUGCCUCUUCUUCCUUUCUUUGACAUGAACACUUGGCAACAACGUGGAACCUCCAAAUGGUCUGCAUGCUCAGUACAAUUCAUACAAGAUGCCAUGCCCAUAAACACCACUAGAUGGCAGCACCACACUGCAAUGUCUCAGCGGUUCCACUUCUAUUAUACCACGCUAACUAGCAAUAGCCAAAACACAACUAGAUGGCAGUAUUGCCUUGCAUUUUCCCAGUGGUUCUACUUCUAUUAUACCAUGCUAAGAGCUAUAUAUGUGCGUUUGUCAUUUUACAGACCAAUCCACACUGUUCUCAACAAGUGACCGCUUAGGUUGGUGUGGAUAUAUGCACUUGACUUCUUCUGUUGACGUGUUGUCACCUUCAUUAUCACCAUGGCAGCUAGUGCCUUGUUGCACAGCAUGAAAAUAUACAGUCACUUCCUGUUGAGUGCAGCGUAAGCUUGACAAAAAGAGCAUGGCAGUAUGUAUGGGAUGUAUUUCAGCUUCCUAGCCACCAAGCAUGGUGGUUGGGACAUGAAAGAAAGGAAGUGUUAAGAGAACAAGGACGUCAGUCAAUGUGCAGAAAUGUAGGAACGCAUGUACUUGGUCUGUGCUGAAAAUGUGCUUCUACUGUACAAUGUGUGCACUUUCCUCCUGUACAGACUGUGUUCCACUUUGGAGGUUCCACUGCUGGUUGCAUUCCUACGUGGGUCCUUUUCAGCUGACACGUUGCACUAAAUAGUUUGUCGUCUUGGAAGGAACAUGGAAGCAUAAUCUAACCUGUCACGUCACACCCCACCACUUGACUGCAAUAUUCUUUCUCACGCUUAAGUCACACUUUGGCUUUUUUUGUACCUUAAAGGUAUGCAAGCCCCUACACACCCCUCCUAGAUCAUUUCAUUGUGUUUGUGUUAGGGGAGCUUAAUCCUCAGAUUGAGGAAGAUAAAUGACUUUGUUGUUUUUUUUUAUCAGCAGUUUUAUUAGUGGAUGUUUUUGUUGGAAAAAGCGUGAAUUGAUUGUAACUGUCUGCCUUCUGCAUGUCCGUCUAUAUUGUUGAUCUAUGCAGUCUGGUCUUGGAACUGCCCACUAACCUUCUCAGCAGCACAACCAAAACAAAGCAUGACGUCGAUACAACUACCACAACAUAUCAAACCACAAAGAAGUGAAUGUUGCGCACUUCUUUUCUUGGCUUUGUUGGUGGUCAAUGCCUUUUUUUUUAAACUGGUGUGCUCAGUCAAGGCCUUGACAAAAUCAUGUGGUUCCUUUCAAUUUAUUAGCAAGGAAAGUCAUCCUAAAAGCUCUGCUUUGUUAGUUUGGCUUGUCAUUCCUUCCUGCUUUACUGCUUUUGUCUGUUCUGGAUAGUUUGUUUUCUAGAAAUCACUCCAAGAAUCCCAAAUAUUUCUCAUUUUUGUAUGUUGUCAUUUGCUCAUUUGUAGCUCAAACAGCAACAAUAAAUUCAUUUUGCAAAGAGGCAGGCUUGUGUAUGUGCCCUCACACCGAUCAAGGACCACAGCCUGCCUGCCAUCGUAUGAUGCACGCCCGACGUCCAUAGAAGUCC